CUCGCGAUUCGAUCUAAGUGUAUAACAACAAUUCCAACCUAAUUAUAACCUUACAAUUUUCUUAUAUUAAUAUCCAUCUAUCAAAACCUAGCCAUAGCCGACAUGAUCAAAUUAUCCAUCACCCAGAUCUGGUUAGGAAAACAUUGAAAAAAAAAAAGAUAAACAAAAUCUUCACCAGAUAAUCAAACUCUGAUAUAUUUACUUGUGGAGGAGGAAGAAAUUAUGAAUCGAAGACGAUGUGGAGGACAUUUACUUGUGGAGGAGGAAGAAAUUGGCCUUCUCGAUGUUCUCAGUCAAUUGGCCUUUUCGAUGGCCAGCGACGUGGAUCUGAUCUUACUCAAUUUCAGAGGUUUCCAUUCCAUAACCAUGGCUUCUUGGACAUCGUCUCUGUGUGGUCUUCCUCUGGGGGAGUUUACAACGCCAUCCUUCUCAGCAAGUUUUCCCUUGUUUGACGGUGGUGUAGUCAUCGGCUUGGCUUCUCUUCUCUUAUUCAAUCGCUCUCUGGGCUAGGUUUAUCAAUCAGACGAGCAAUUUGGUCCCCUAUCGUCAAACACAACAAUGUCGCCGCUCCAUAUGGCGAGCUGAUGUAAAUUUGAAGCACGCUCUACUGAAGAAGAAUACGACCUGCUUUGUUUCGUUUGAAGUUGGAAGGAUUGUCCACUCACCACUACAAUCUGUCUGUCAUCAUGUCUGCUCCAAUCGAUCCAGAAGAUUUUUUAUCGACAAGUAGUUCUUCUGGAGGUAACCAAAGAGCUCGGACAGCUACUUGGAACUAUGUAGCAACUGUUCGCAAAGCCACAGCGGUUACCCACUCUUGUGUGGGGUGUUUCACCGGUCCAAACCACCUAAAUCUGAUUAUAUGCAAAGGCUCUCAUGUAGAAAUCUAUCACAUGAUCGAAAAUGAAUUACAUCUUAUCUUGGACUUCCCUGUAGUUGGGAAAGUGGUUUUCAUGGAGUUAUUCCGUCAGCCUCACACUGGCACAACAGACACGUCUACCCGCUAGGAUUCACUGAAGAAAUACGACAAGUGUUAGCAGACUUUCAUGAUCAAUACGCAUGGCUACAAUCAAAUCCAGAUCAUCUGGUCUACAGAGUUGAAGGGAAAAAAUACAAGAUAAAGCGAUACAUUCCAGGCCAAAAGAUCUACAUCACAGAAGUCGCCUCAGACAGUGAAGAAGACGACAACAGAUAGGAUAAACAUCGCCUCUUUUUUGGAGACAGCGGGAAUAAAUAAUAAGUGUGUGAUAUAUGAUAGUGAAAUAUAUGGUUAUCAGAGAGUUGAAUAAAUGGAGGGUUGUAAAAUAAAGUAGAAAGUUGAAUAAAUGGUGGGUUGUAAAAUAAAACAUAAAAAUAUCUUAAGGAAUAUUCUAUGUAAUAUUUUCUAAGACUUGUAAUAUAAAUACUAAGGCUUGGUGAAGAGUUUUAUUCAAACUUAAGUGAGUGAGUUUGAGUAAGAGUUCUUGUAAUUUUUUGAGUGUUUCAAUAAUAAAGUUUAUCCC